AUGGCCUCUCAGAAGAUAGCCAACGCCCUCGCUGGUAUCGAGUCCAACACGCACCAAGCCACAAAAUUACAACAAUACAAUGAACUCCUCGAUAAUAUGGUGGCAUCCUCAACCGGCCACGAACUCGCCCAAGACCUAGUCUACUACCUUGACUCUAUCCUGGGCGAAGAAGUCAGCAUUGUCUCCGCCCGCCCACUCCUAGACUCUUUUAUCAAAGUCCUCCAAUCCCUCCAGUCGGAAUCAAAAAUCAAAGUCGGCCAACACGCCGUCACCCUCCUUCAAACCCGCUCCGCCUCCGUCGAAGAACAAGAUUCGCAGAUUCGCGAGAUCCUCGCAGAUGCAUACGAGUCGCAAGAAGAAUAUACGGCCGCGGCCCGCGCCCUGCAGGGUAUCCAUAUCGAUAGCUCGCAGCGUCUAGUCUCCGAUGACGCCAAGGCCCGUCUCUGGAUUCGCAUUGUUCGCUACUACCUCGAAGAUGACGAUACGACCAAUGCCGAGGGAUUUUUGAAUCGUAUCAAAAACUUGCCUUCUAAGAUCGAGGAUCAUGACUCCAGGCUGUACUUCAAGCUUUCUCAGGCUCGCAUCUUGGACGCAAGACGUCGCUUCCUCGACGCCGCGCAGGAAUACUUCAAUGUCAGUCUUGAGAUCGGUGUCGACGAGGAAGACAGGCUAGUUGCGCUUUCAGCUGCUAUCCGAUGCGCGGUUCUGGCACCCGCAGGUCCUCAGCGCUCUCGAUCUCUCUCUCGUCUGUACAAAGAUGAACGUACACCUUCCGUUGAGGAGUUUGGAAUCCUGGAGAAGAUGUUCCUGGACCGGCUCUUGACAGCCAAUGAAGUCGCCGCGUUUGCCAAGAAGCUUGCGCCGCAUCAGCUGGCUGUUACAUCAGACGGUACUACUGUGCUCACUAAGGCGGUCAUUGAGCACAAUCUCGUUGCCGCCAGCAAGCUUUACGAAAACAUUCAUAUCGAUGACCUGGGCUCUAUUCUGGGUCUCGAGCCUUCGGGCAAUUUGUCGGCUGGUGAAAAGGCGGAGGCGUAUGCAGCGCGCAUGGUUGAGCAGGGUCGGCUCAAAGGUCGGAUCGAUCAAAUUGAUGGAAUAAUCACUUUCGAUACGGGCACCGUUGGUGACGUAGCCCACGCUUCUGGUGAUACUAAGCUGAGACAGUGGGACCUCGGUGUACAGGAGCUUGCGGAGGAUGUGGAACGCGUCGCGGCGAGUAUCUCUGACCAGUUCCCGGAAUUCGCUACCAGCCAGAUGGUACAUUGA